UGAGAAUUGAUUUCAUCCAAGUGAUUUCAGUUAAAUGAGAAAAAAAAAAAAGGAGGAGAAGAAGCUUCCUUUUGGAAACGACACUGAGCAGUAGGAACUUGUUCUCUUCCACAGAUUUCUCGAUAUGCCUGUAAGUCGAUCUAAUUGGGAACCAGAUCGAGUUGAACGAUGUCGUUUUCCUUUAGGGUAAGGACGUUGGUGGAGGUGGAGCCGCCAAGCCCACUGAGGUACCUGAUCGGAGCCGCCGUGAUGAUGAUCGGAGUUGUGCUUCCGGUGGGUUACAUGAUGUUCCGAAACAAGCGCGUACCUUCCUCUUCUUCAUAUUCCAAACAGACGUAGGAGCAAGGUUUUGAUAUAGAGAGGUAUGAUAUUGGUGACAUUGAUGAUGAUGAUGGUUGUGAUGAUAAUGAUAUGAGAGCUCUUUGAUCUAGCUUAGUGGAUUUGUAUUUGUUGGAUAUGCUUGGAGGAGGUGAUUGAUUAUUUACUAUUAGAUUAGAAGAUUUUUAGCAAAUUUAACCAUCACUACUAUUGCUUCAAAUGUAAAUCAGUAAAUGCAUUUAGUUACCAACUUACCAUAUCUCAAGUGGUUGUUUUCCGCGUACUAUGAACUCAUCUAUCGGCAGUUCGGCACUGUUUAAAUUCAUAUUUUUACAUUUUGUGUACCAUGGUUGGCAUAGGUUUUUUUGGACAUGAUUUCUGUAUUUUCUUUUCACAAAAUAGUAAGAAUAAAGACACAAGCUCUUGCUGGUUUGAUAGUUGAUCA